GCUCAAUUUUCACAACGAUCUUUUCUGGCUUUGAAAAUGAAUCUUUUGCUAACAUAACAAGUCUCCCAUUUAGCUUUCUAUGUUUUGAAUUAAAGGUCAUAACAUUUAAACACAUGCAAUGCAUAGGUUUGUUUAGCUGUCAUAUAUGAUAUCAUCUUCUUAUAUAGUCCUAUAUAUUCACUAUAUGUAUACCAAAAACAUUGUCUUCUCACUCAACGCCACAAUGGGAAAUGCAAAAGAGCAACACAAACCUCUGCCAAUAGCCAAAUUUCUUAGUAGAUCUACAUCCUACGGUCACCUAAGUUAUAUUUUCAACUUUUCAUUUUUUCUCAUUGGUUUGACCCUUGGAAUAACAGCCGUAUUUUGCUUCCAAAGCUUCGAUAUAAUGUCACAAAUUAGUACAACUUCCGAUAUUCUUUUGUCAUCGAAUUUAUUUGCACUACUGCCACCACCACUGCCAUCGUUGCCCCAGCCACCACCGCCACCGCCACCGACUCCCUACAACAGCGUUUUUGAAGCCAUUAAUAAUAGAGAGAGCUCAAAUUUUGUGCAUGAUCUUGAUGAUAAUGAGUUGUUGUGGCGGGCUUCAUUUGUUUCAAGAACUAGAGAAUAUCCCAACAGCCGAGUACCUAAAGUGGCUUUCAUGUUCUUGACAAAGGGAAAUUUACCUUUUGCUCCAAUUUGGGAGAUAUUCUUUAAGGGUCACAAAGAGCUUUAUAGUAUUUAUGUUCACACACAUCCUUCUUUCGUGGAUUCAACUACUCAAGAUUCUGUUUUCUACAAAAGAAGAAUUCCAAGUAAGCAAGUGCACUGGGGAAAAUCGACAAUGACCGAUGCAGAAAGAAGACUUAUAGCUAGUGCACUCUUAGACUUGUCAAAUGAGAGAUUUGUUUUGCUAUCUGAGGCAUGCAUUCCUCUCUUCAACUUCACCAACACAUACAACUAUUUAAUCAACACAAAACUCAACUUUGUCCAACUAUUUGAUGAUCCUGGAAGGGAAGGUCAAGGAAGAUACUCUUCUGAAAUGUCCCCUCAAAUAUCCUUAUCCAACUGGCGAAAAGGAUCGCAAUGGUUUGCCUCCAAUCGAAAGCUUUCUGUAGAGAUAGUGUCAGACUCAAAAUACUAUCCAAUUUUUCAAAAGUAUUGUAAUCCUCCUUGUUACGCAGAUGAGCAUUAUAUCCCCACACUUAUCAACAUUCUUUUUCCAGAGGCAAACUCAAAUCGAAGUAUUACAUGGGUUGAUUGGUCCAAAGGUGGGAAAGCCCAUCCAGGAACAUUUGGAAAAAAGAAUGUUUCAGAAGAAAUUUUGGAUAAGAUAAGAUUUGGUACAAAUUGUACAUAUAUUGAUAGUGGUGGUAAUAUGAAGAGUACUUCCUUAUGUUUUCUUUUUGCUAGAAAGUUUUUACCAGAAACUUCACAACAAUUGUUGCGAAUUGCACCAUGGUACGUACUACUAAAUAAUACUGGUGCUUAAUGAUGUAAAAAAUGUGUUCAAAUUUACAUAUAUAUAUUUAUAUACUAGAUUGGUGUUUCAUGCAAAUGCACGAAUUAUUAGUUAUUUAUUUGUUAUAAUAAAAAUGUCA